AUGCCGUUGUUCAUGUGUCACAUCUUGGCGAAUGAAAAUAAGGACUUCAAGACGGCAGUGUUUGUUUGUCAAUUAACUCUUGCUCACGCGCCGGCACCCGUCCCAUACAGCAAUGUAUGCCGGUCUCCGAUCGCGGAAGGGCUUGCGAAGAAAUGGCUAUCCGAAAGAUACGGUGUUGGCGUUCAAGAUCUCGAGCAAGCCGGUUACAAAGUGAAAUCAAGAGGAUGCUCGACUGACUUCGAACCUGUAGGUUCCCCGGCAAGUCCCCAUGGCGUCACGAUCAUGCGAGAGAAGUAUGACGUCGACAUGUCUGCGCACCGCUCGGCCAUGCUGUCGGAGGCGGACGUGCUGGAAGCGACCCACAUCUACUGCAUGUCUCGGCGCCACCACGAUUCCGUGCUCAGCCUGCUGCGGCGGGAUGCGCCUAACGAUCACGACCUCCACAGCUCUCCACCAUUGGAUCGUCCACCAUCAUCCCGAGCAUCGCCGGGACCACCUUGUUACUCGACUCCGGAUGCGGGCACCACCGGGGAGAGGGGCGAAAUGCCGUUUCCGGUUGUGGUAUCUGUGUUUGAGCCGGAAGUGCCUGAUCCUUGGCACGGAACGAUGGAAUGCUACCGCGAGUGCACGGGGAUUAUCAGCGAGGCCGUGACAAGGGCGCUGGAACGAGAAGCGCCGGGGGGUUCUGAUGGACAGCAGCAACCAGAAAGUUCAUCAACAAGCCCACGGCCAGAUGAGAACAGGGGGAAACCACAAUCAUGAGGAGGCGAAUGUUGUUCGAUGUUCACGUCGGAGUUAUGAGUCGAUGCCCCUGUCCAUCAUACGUGAAACACGUUUCUACGUGGAUUCUAUAUUUUGUCCAAUCUAUGUGUAGUUCUUGUGAUAGAGGCAGAUGACGUGUGGGUUGUUUAGAGUGCUCGUCCCGAUGCCACUUCUCCACUUUCGGUACAUACAGUAGAGAGGGGCACUUUUGCAGAAGGUCCGCUCUGUGAGGGGGUGAUGCAAUGGUACUCUAGCGCGUGAUUGCCAGACAGUUGUCCUUUUUUCGGUCGCUACUCGUCGAGUCUAAUGCGAGAUACAUAACGUCGAAAA